AUGGCGCAUAUUCUUGUUGUGGAUGAUGAAGCGAAUAUUCGCAUGACCGUGCGGCUGGCAUUGCAGCAUAGCGGGCAUACGGUCGAAACGGCAGCGGAUGGCCCGGAAGCUCUGGAAAAAUUUGGUCUUGGCGGCGGGUGGGACCUGGUGCUGCUGGACCAGCGGAUGCCGGGAAUGGAGGGGCUGGACGUUCUGCGACAGAUGCGCGGACACGCUCCAAAAGCCAGGAUUAUCAUGGCAACCGCGUUUGGCACGAUUGAUCUAGCGGUAGAAGCGAUGAAAUCCGGCGCGACCGAUUUCCUCCGCAAGCCGUUCACGCUGGAAACACUGCGUGGCGCGGUCGAAGCCGUUCUGGAACCCCCGGUGGCAGCGUCUCCCAGCGGAAUAACGUUCGGCUCUACGACGAUUAAUGGCUACCGUAUCACGUUUCAGGCUGAUGCGGGACAGAAAAUGGGCGGCGGAUUUCAGCAGCCAUUUACGGUGCGCGAUCCGCUUGGCGCGGAGCAAACGUGCAGGGUGGCGUUGCCGGUAGUGUUUGUUGAACUGGUUAAGGCGCACACCGACCGCGAACAGAUGCCGGGAGGAGAUCGUUUCUGGCAAGCCAUUUGCGAGGAAUGGCUUGCGAAUUAUCUGUGGCAAAACGCGGCUUUUCCUGAAGGAGUUCUGCGCGUCGAGGAGUAUACCACCGGGCUGCGCCGUUUCGUCGAGACUUCGCUUUCCGCGCAAAAUUGA